GUUGACAGCCGCUCUACUUCGCCAGUCCCCAGCCCCUACCCAAGAAUUCUUGCCUGUGUGUGUGUAGCCUCCACAGAGAGGUGGUUCUCCUGGAGACGCAAGGGGCUGCCUGAGCUUCCGAGAACUGGGGAGAAGGCCGCCCCAGCCAUGAACUCCCGUGGGAAGCUGCCAGGAGGCAAGUGGCCUGGAGUCCUCAUGUUUCUCAGGCUGCUCCGAAGGGAGAGGUGAGCGCCCAGCAACCGGCCGGCCGCCGCAGAAGUGCCGAGAGCCCGGGCCUGUCAUGGUGGUCGAGUGCAGGCAGCCUGAGGCACUCCCACACAGGUUUGCAGCUGAACUUGUUUAUCUGGUGUGGGAAGAAGAUGGGAAGUUACUUGUCCAUCCCGGCUUACUUCACCUCCAAAGACCCCUUUCGGUGUUCAGAAUGCCAGGAACCUCUCACCAACUGGUACUAUGAAAGGGAUGGGAAGCUCUACUGCCACAAGGACUAUUGGGUGAAAUUUGGGGAGUUCUGUCAUGGAUGUUCUCUGCUGAUGACAGGGCCCGUCAUGGUGGCUGGAGAGUUCAAAUACCACCCAGAAUGCUUUGCCUGCAUGAGCUGCAAGGUGAUCAUCGAGGAUGGGGAUGCAUAUGCCCUGGUGCAGCACGCCACCCUCUACUGUGGGAAGUGCCACAACGAGGUGGUGCUGGCACCCAUGUUUGAGAGACUCUCCACGGAAUCUGUUCAGGACCAGCUGCCCUACUCCGUCACACUCAUCUCAAUGCCAGCCACCACCGAGGGCAGGCGAGGCUUCUCCGUGUCUGUGGAGAGUGCUUGCUCCAAUUAUGCCACCACUGUGCAAGUAAAGGAGGUCAACCGGAUGCACAUCAGUCCCAACAACCGGAAUGCCAUCCACCCUGGAGACCGCAUCUUGGAGAUCAAUGGGACACCUGUCCGCACACUCCGAGUGGAGGAGGUAGAGGAUGCAAUUAGCCAGACAAGCCAGACGCUGCAGGUCUUGAUCGAACACGACCCUGUCUCUCAACAUCUGGACCAGUUGCGGCUGGGCGCUCGCCUCUCUCCCCACAUGCAGAAUGCUGGACACUCCCACACUCUCAGCACCCUGGACACCAAGGAGAAUCUGGAAGGGACGCUGAGGAGACGCUCGCUAAGGCGCAGUAACAGUAUCUCCAAGUCCCCUGGCCCGAGUUCCCCCAAGGAGCCACUGCUGCUCAGCCGUGACAUCAGUCGCUCGGAAUCCCUCCGCUGUUCCAGCAGCUACUCACAGCAGAUCUUUCGGCCAUGUGACCUGAUCCAUGGAGAGGUCCUGGGGAAGGGCUUCUUUGGGCAGGCCAUCAAGGUGACACACAAAGCCACAGGCAAAGUUAUGGUCAUGAAGGAGUUAAUUCGAUGUGACGAAGAGACACAGAAGACCUUUUUGACUGAGGUGAAGGUGAUGCGAAGCCUGGACCACCCCAAUGUGCUCAAGUUCAUUGGUGUGCUGUACAAAGACAAGAAGCUUAACCUACUGACAGAGUACAUUGAGGGGGGCACACUAAAAGACUUCCUGCGCAGUGUGGAUCCGUUUCCCUGGCAGCAGAAGGUCAGGUUUGCAAAAGGCAUCGCUUCUGGAAUGGCCUAUUUGCACUCCAUGUGCAUCAUCCAUCGGGACCUGAACUCUCACAACUGCCUCAUCAAGCUGGACAAGACUGUAGUGGUGGCAGACUUUGGGCUCUCACGGCUCAUAGUGGAGGAAAGGAAGAAACCCCCAGUGGAGAAGGCCAACACUAAGAAACGCACCUUGCGCAAGAGUGACCGAAAGAAGCGCUACACGGUGGUGGGGAACCCCUACUGGAUGGCCCCCGAAAUGCUGAAUGGAAAGAGCUACGAUGAAACAGUGGAUGUCUUCUCUUUUGGGAUCGUUCUCUGUGAGAUCAUCGGGCAGGUGUACGCAGAUCCCGACUGCCUGCCCCGAACACUGGACUUUGGCCUCAAUGUGAAGCUUUUCUGGGAAAAGUUUGUCCCCACAGAUUGCCCCCCAGCCUUCUUCCCCCUGGCUGCCAUCUGCUGCAAACUGGAGCCCGAGAGCAGACCAGCAUUCUCAAAACUGGAGGACUCAUUUGAGGCCCUGUCCCUGUACCUGGGGGAGCUGGGCAUCCCACUGCCGGCAGAGCUGGAAGAGCUGGACCACACUGUGAGUGUGCAGUAUGGCCUGACCCGGGACUCACCCCCCUAGCCCUGACCCAGCCCCUGCAGGAGGAUGUUCCACAACAGCAUUGCCCCUCUGUGCCCCAUCCCUGCUGUGGGCAGGGCCGCCCAGGCUUCCUGUGGAUGGUGACUUAGAAGUGGAACAAGCCAUCCCUACUACCUCCCGAGGAGGCCAGCAGGCGCACACCAGGGAAAUGCAUCUCCACAGGCUUUGGGGACUGAUGACUGUCUAUAAAUCCAACACUCACCUGAAAGCUGUGAAGAAGAAAGCCUGAUUCCUAGGCCAAGAGGAAUCUGUUAUGUGGGAUCACUUGGGACCUCCCUGGCAGUGAGAUUCUGGGAGGCUCUUGCCUAACACUAAUCAGCGUGACCUGGACCUGCUGGUCAGGAUCCGAGAGUGAACCUGCCUGUGGACUCUGUGAUCUCUGUUCCACCUGGGCACAGGACUUCACGGCAGUAUGGACGAGAGAGACUGGUGGCCUGGUGGUACUUUGAGGACGUGAAAUGACAGUGGUGCUACCCCCAUUCCACUCCAUGCCCACCCCCCUCCAGGGCAGGGGUUGAGGGAGUAGGUUUUGAAGUGGCCUUUUCUGGCUUGUGGUGGGGCUGGCCAGGAGUCAGGGGAAGGGCUGGCCUGUUCCCCGUAGUGUUCACACUGAGCCAUGUCAGUGGGGGGACCUUCUAGCUCAUGUUCUCUAGCUGUAUUGCUGGAGGCUGGCUGAGUGCUCUGGGCAGCACCUUCCCUCCUGCAACAAGCAGUCACCUGCAGGUGCAGAAGAGGCUGAAGGCUGGAAAGACCCUCCCUCUACAAAGCCCAUAUCCUUGCUGCUCUCAUACCCUAGAUGUAUUCCUCGGUCAGAAGUCAAGACAUUUGCCUAGAGCUAGGUGGGUUUUGGAGGACAAUGGGACUUGUCACAGGACCAGCAUGUGACUUGGGGGGUAAGAAUCUUAGCACUCUCUUGACCUUGUCCUCAUGCAGCCACUGCUCACCCUUUACUAUGCCUAGUACAGGAAGCAGUUUGGGUGUGAAGAGGUGGUGGCAGAGUCCCGGAGCUGAGAUGCUGGGAAAACAGUCCCCGGAGCUGGGCUGUCUGGCUUCUACCUCCCCUUAUUGACUCGCCAGCUCACUAGCUCCUGACUUCAGGUUCCUGAGUCACAGCCUCAGGUGCUGCAAAGCCUUGGCUCUCAGCUCCAGGGGCUCGUCAGCACAAGUAGAGUUGCCACCUCCUAGGUGUUUAUGAGCUUGCACCAUAUUUAACAUACCGGGAUAGGUUUGGAACUUAAUGCAGUGUGUGAUGGUUGCAUUGGGGUGGGAUGGGUAGGGAAUGAUCCAGGAGAAUGGUUGCUGUUAAUAAUGUUAUUGUAUCUAUUGGGUGAUAUGCGAAAUACUGUACAUAGACCUGAUGAGUUGUAGGGUUAGAUGUCAUUUCUGGCCAGUUUCCUUGUUAGGUGGACCAUACUUGUGUGUGGAGUUUGCCAGUUUGCUAUAGGCUUGAGGUCUAGGCUCCUAGCAGCUGCAGCAAGGUCAGCAUUACAUGGCUGCUUGUGGCUCAUCUGUCCCUGGAAAGUGUGGGAGUGGAGGCCCCAAGCUGGGCCAUGGAAUAGACCAAAUAAAUGAAGCAGUUAACAUAACUGACAUUUCUGAAAGUGAAAGUCACUGGGAGCCUGGCUCGGGAAGAUAAAUGUGGAGAAUGUUCCUGGCCACUUUUCAGGCCUAGGUUGCAUGAUUCCACACAGCAAGGGGUCAUCAUACUCCCAAUUCUCAUCACCUCUCC